AUUGAAAGUUAAAAUAUCAUAUGACCUGAGGCAGUCUUUAUUCAAGUUAUGUAUGUGAAUGCAUGUGUAUUAAAUCUGUACUUUUAAAAUUUGAACUAGAACAACAAUUAAAUAUGCUUUGGAAUUCCAUUUGGAACCCAGAAUAAGGAUAACAUAAAUCUUAAGAAAUGAAUACGUGCGAAAAACAAAUCAUUUGCAGCUACAGGCACACUUUACAAAAACAUGUUGAUCCCAUAAUAGUAGUUGAUGGAUUAUACCAAGUAGGUCACUUUUCUGCAAACCAAAGAAAACAAUUAUAUAAUUUAUUGAAAACUUAUUCGGACAGACAGUACAUUUGGGAUGCAUUAUAUUUAUUGAUGCUUGAGGAAUGCAAAUUCCAAACUUUAUUAGAAGUGCUAAUUGGAAACGGAUACCGGGACGUAGCUAUAGAAAUGAGUCAAAAAGUAAGAAUUGCAACGCCAAAACAAAAACAAAUUGUCACUAUUCAUAGAACUAAAACUGGAAACUCAAGUCAUCGAUUUGCACAAAGAUUAUUUAUGAACUUCAAAAUAAACACUCAUAAUAAUGCAUUUAUCAAUCCACGAAAAUAUUGUCAUGAAGAAUCUCAGAAAUAUAAGUUACAGUUAGACAGAUGUCAGAGUAGUGAAGAUGAUACCAUCAAAACAGAGAUUGCUGAUAAAUAUGCAGCAUGUCUUCUGGCAGAGAUAGAUUCUCAUUUAAUGUUAUAUACUAAAAAUGGUUUUAUUAGUGGUUUAAUGAUAGAACUGCAAAGACUUAUUCCACACACAACGAACUCAAGCAUAACACACUUAUCCUAUCAGUCACGACUAGCUAUAAGAUACGCACUUGAAGGUAAGCAUGAUGAUGAGGAAGAGCAUUUGCAAAGUGCUAUUUGUACAUCCCUUCUUGUAGAUCGUUGUGUGGAAAUCUCUAACCUGCUUUACAUUUAUGCGUUUAACCUUCUUUGUCGUUAUGAAAAAUACCCUACUAAAAAUCUGCGUGACAAGGUAAUUCAUAUUGCAGAACUAGGACUUCAAAGUGUGGACGAAGAAGACGAAUCAAUAAGAGAGUUUUGGAUGCGCCUUUUCAUAAUACGAAUUAUAUAUUGUAUGUUAGGAUUAAGUUUCAGAGGUGAUCCGAUAUCUGGAAUAACAAUCGACAAACACAGUCUUAGGAGAGCAAAACUAAUGCUUGCUGAACUUGAUCGUCUUUGGGAAAGGAUUGAAUCUCGUAGAAAAAUCAUGUAUUACGUGGCUAAAGCAAGAGUUGCAGAACUUGAAGGAAAUGAUGGAUAUAUUGAUACAGUUUCGUUAUUUCUUGAUAUGGCAAUAAAAAUAGGAGAAGAGGGUGAAUAUGGUGAAACACAGUUCAUUAAAGAAUAUGCCACACACUUCAAAACAGACAAAAAUCAAUAUCCAUCAUCAAAAUCUGACAACUUCAAUGUUCCAACAGAAUUGCAAAUGUGUCCCCAUAUUGAAGGAGAAUUGAGUAAUCCUACUCUCUAUGAAAUUAUUAAUUCUGAAUCAACGGUUAACACAUUUAUAACUGACACAGGGGAAUAUGAAUAUACCGAUAAAACGAGUCUUAAAUCUGCUAAUCGGACAAGAGUUCAUCCGGAAUCUCAGAUAGAACAAACAAGGUUUCCCCGUGUAAAGCAAAAGCUAACAAAAACAUUUGAUAAAUCAACUAUUCAAAAGUCAGAAACAUCAGUCAAACAUCUUUCUGAUAACGACAAAACAGCUCUUUGUGAUAAAACGGGCAAAAAAACGGUUAUUGAAAAAUACGACACUGUUCCUAAAUUGUCAGAGCUAAUGGAAAGUGACGACUAUGUUUUAAAGUCACUAAAUAUUCAAAAAAUUGAAGACCGCAACAUUUUAGAAGCUGAUGAAACACAUGUAAAAUCAUCAAAAUUUGAUGAACAUAACGAAACUGCAGCAAAAUUAUUUUUUGAUUGUAACACCGGACCAGUUUUGAAAUCUCGAGGAUCUAACAAGACAUUGAAAAGCACUGCGAAAACCAUUACAGAAGAUACGAACGAUGAUCAUACUAUUCUAAAGUCACCACAAAAUACUCAAACUGAAGAAACAAUCGUCAAGAUUUCGGAAUCAAUCAGAGAAAACUCGAGUUCUAGUGUUGAUAAUUCAUCUAUCCAUGAAUGCCAAACGCCGAAUCUAGAAUCGUAUUAUUUCCAAGACAUUCAUGGCUGCUAAAUAAGAGUCUAGUUUACUACAAGUUUAUAAUUAUUAUUACAAAAUAAAAAGAUACACAAUUAA